UGUGUCAGCGUGUUGGGGUGGUGCGGCCUCUCCCGCUCUGUGCCUCGCUGACUGGUGACACAGACCAACAAGCGAUCGCAACUUUGUCUCAACUUCCCAAUGCGUAUCAGUAACUGGGAGUGUCGUGACCAAGGUGUUUUCCAGAUACUCCUUUGAACACAAUAUCUUAUAAACGUUGGAGAACCUUAUGUACACAGCAUAUAUUUAAAAAAAAAAAGGAUGUGAUCGCUAGUUUCGAAAACUGGAGAAACACCAUUUUCGCUUGUUUUUAAAACUGAGAGACCGACCGCACCCUCAGAUUCCUUGUCCAGACAAAAGAGCGGCAGUCCCUGGUGACGAGGAGACCUUGUGUUGGGCUGAAUUAGUGUGUGGACGAGCGAGUGGAGCUGCGGCGGUGGAGCCUCGGGCACCGAGCUGUGUUUGUGGCCUGUGGAUUGAAUUUUUAACACGUGGUACACGGGAAGCUAUCUUUGGCCCGGCGUGAAGGCUGAGUGAACGGCACCUCUACCCCGUCGACACAGGAGUCUGGCACAAGAGCUGUCAACACCAAUGGUUUCACUUGUCGAUGCCUGCUGUCUUGUUCUCAUAGAGGCAAAGUGAACACUUGCAAGACAGUUUUCAAGAGCGACAGGAUGCUCUCUUCCCGCACGCCACGCCCCGCCCCCCACACACGGCCUUUCCGGCGAGGGGGCUGACUCCUGGUGUGCUGCCCCAAAACAAACUCAAGACAAAGUAACCCUUGACCCAGACGGAGGGGGUCACGAUGCCCCGUCUUCCCGCCGUGCUACCAGCCAACAUCCUCCUGGUGACCCUCGCCUCCCUGGCAGGCAGCAGCGAGGACGUGGAUGUGCCGAGGUUUCCCGAGAAGGUGCCCAACAUCACCGUGACCGUGGGCCGCGACGCGCUACUUCCCUGCACCAUCGAGCAGCUCAAGGGCUUCAAGGUGGCGUGGGUGCAGGUGGACACGCAAACGAUCCUGACCAUCCACAAGCAAGUCAUCACCAGGAACCCGAGGAUCGCGCUGCUGCACAAUGACCACCGCUCAUGGCACCUGCAGAUCAGAGACGUCAAGGAAAGUGACCGCGGCUGGUACAUGUGUCAAGUAAACACUGACCCUAUGAGGUCCCGUCAAGGAUACAUGGACGUGGUGGUUCCGCCGGACAUUAUUGACCAGGAGUCCUCGGGUGACCUGACGGUGCGCGAGGGCGAGGACGUCACCCUCACCUGCCGCGCCAAAGGUCACCCUCCACCGAGCAUCACCUGGCGACGCGAGGACAACCAGGACAUCAUUCUCGACUCCACUAAGACAGGGAGCGGCCUCUCCUUAGCCGAGCUGCAGAGCGCCACGUACAAUGGAAUGAAAGGAACUCGACUUCAACACUUGCAUGGCAACGAGGAGCUGGAGCCUGGCGUGGACAUGAACCACUGGGGCGACAUGCAGCGUGGCAGGGGGAUAAGGGGCGUCGGGGGUGUGGGCAGAGGUGGAGGAAUGGCCAGUCCCGGCAUGGGCGAUGGCAAGGCCCUGGGCGGUGUGCGGCACACUGGAGGAAAGAGGCAGGUGGUGGAGGGGGAGACUCUCCACCUGAAGAGGGUAUCGCGCCUCCAGAUGGGGUCAUAUCUCUGCAUCGCUUCCAACGGCAUCCCGCCCUCCGUCAGCAAGCGAGCUCAUCUGAAGGUGCAGUUUCCCCCCAUGACGUGGGUUCCGCAGCAGCUAGUAGGCGCCUAUGUGGGUCAGGAACUCACUCUCGCCUGCAACACCGAGGCUUUUCCGAAGAGCAUCAACUACUGGACCAACGAGCAUGGGGACAUGAUCGUCUCAGAUGACCGGUACGAGACACUGACCAUCGUAAGAUCAUACCAGGUGGAUAUGAAGCUGAGGAUCACAAGGAUGGAGCACAAGGACUUCGGCAAAUACAAGUGUCUGGCCAAGAAUUCCCUCGGAGAGACAGACGGGGACAUCCAAGUGUACGAGAUUGAACCCCCAAAGACGUACACGGGCCCUGACGAUGGCCUGGAGCUGGGCCCGGGGACACCAGGCUAUGGUUCGACACCGACGGGAUCAGACAGGAACAAGUACCCGAAGUCCCUGAACCCGAAGGGACGGAACGACCUGGCCGCCCCUCGACACCUGGGCAAGGCUCACGAGGCCCCCGACCUGGACGCCCACGGCACCACGCUUCACCACGACCCUCAGCCUGGCUACCACUACCCGGCGGGCCAGAGCGGGAACGGCGCCCGGCCUGCCUGCGACCUUUUGCUCCUGAUUGCGGUGGGCGUUCAUAUUGCCCGCCUGUCACUGAAGAUCCCGAUAUGUUAGCUAGUUCCAUUGUCUUUAUUUUUUAAGAUGAAGCGGUGUAGGGUCAUCAUUGUAGAGGUUAUAUUAUAGUCUAUUUGUUUUUAGCCAUUCAUCUUUCCCAAUUAAACAUUUUGUGGAUGUUUAAAAGACCCAUGUUAGAUAUGCAUUGUUUAGGUGUACUGCGUGGCGAGGCGAGGAUGUAGGUUAGGUUAGGCAGCUUGUCUGUUUAAUAAUGGCUUCGUCGGCAGUACUCUCGUGCAGCGCCGAGCGAGCGCAUGCAAACGCACUCACACGAACACACACACACACACACACACACACACACACACACACACACUUAUGGUGCAGACCAUAAAGUGAAUAUUUGGUGCUGUAAUUACAUGUUUUAGCUUUUUGUCAUACCUGUCAACAAACACAAGAAGCUCCCCCAUAUGUAUGCACUUUGUGUAUACGUUUUUAUGCAUGCAUGAAUAAUAAAUAUACAUAGCAAUCCCCCUGGAGCUCAUAAUGUAAUUUACGCCAGUUAUUGUGAGGAAAUCAAGAGGGAAAGUCCUUUGAUGUGCUUACAUAUUGAUGACCUGCUUCUCACCUUUCGCCACCCAGACAGACUAAAAUCCCAAGGGAUCUGAGAAUAAUAGGCGCACCUCACAUCACCAUAGCCGAUCCAGGAUUCAGUGCGUUUCCGAACUUAUAGGCGGUAAUGUUAUAAUUGUAUUUCGUAAAGAAUCCUUAUAACCAAAAAAUAACUAAAAUUAUGAGUAUUAAUUUUCUUGGACAGAACAUUGAAUAAACAACAGAACAAUGAUAUGAAAAUACGUUCAUAGUUUAUACAACAACUGUGGCCCGAGGCAGCAACGCACGCCAUUUUGCGGGUAUCAGAUACCUUAAAUAAGCAUAUAUUUACUGCGCAAAGCAGAUGGUGUCACUUAUUUUGAUUUCGUGAGCUUUCAUAUUUAUCUAUUUGUAUAUGUUUCAUGGAGGCAUAACUUACAUUACUACUUUCAAUUUUACUAGUGACACGAAUUUGUAACUGAUAAUCAAAUAGAAUUUCACUCAAUUAAGUGAAUCAGACACCAUAAAAAUAUUACCACUGUGUGUAUGAAUGAAUACAAAGAUAAGCACAUACUUUGAUUCAACUCUAGGAUGUCUCGUGGAUCAUUUAUAAAUAAAAACAAAAAAUCCGGAUAGGCUACUCUUUAGCCCACUACUACCGUCGCUCGAGGCACAAAAACAGUCCCUCCGCCAAGGGUGUACCCCACAUUUUGUGAUGUUAGGUGCGCCUAUUGAUAGAUAGUUUCAGAUCAUCUGCGAUGAUCUUUAAUACUCCUGAUGAUUGUGGUGUCCACAAAAGGUCGACUGACAAUUUACGAAGUAUAGCAACGCAAUCGAAAGCAACAAGAAUAGCAAGGAGAAUAACAAGGUAAAGUUUGGGGAUUUAAGAAUGCUUGAAUUCGAUUUACUUCAAAGGCAUAAAUAAAGCUCACCAAAUGAGCAUAGAUAUUACUCAGUAACCAGAACGCAACGACGCCAUUACGAACAAGAACAAAGUAUAAUCGUGGUGGUGGCGCGGCUUGGGGAAGAAAUUAAUACUAUAAACCGAGUUGUCACCACGAUGAUCAAUCUUUCAGGUCAGGCUCUUGAAGGAUUCACGUCGCAGCUCAAAAGGUCCGCUCAGAGGCCACAAAAAGUCUCAUAAAGAUACCUGCCGCUCGCCACCUGUCAGCAGCAUGACGGGAAAUAAGAUGAGCCAGACGAUGCGUUCUUUUUGCCUCCCCCCCUCCCCCCCUUCCCACAGCACAGUGCCGCCAUCUGGUGAGGCUGUUUCUAUUUCUAGUCAGGAAAUGGUUCCUCGGUCGACAGAAGUCACAGCUUGUGGUAGUUUUAAUAUGAGAAAUAAUCCCUUAAUGCUUAUGGAACAACUAUUGGCACCACCAACAACACUACUUUCUACUACUGCUAUAAUGAAACUACUAAUUAAAGUUAUAAUUAUAAUGAUAAU